AAUAUAAAUGUAAACAAACAGAAAACAUUUUUGAUACGGUGGCACUAUUAUCACUUCCUUGGAGUUUAGGUGUUGCUCUUGAACUAAUCCUAGUUGGAAGAGAUGCUAGAAACAAAAGCAAAAAGGAGCCGCUACAAAAUUGCCCCCGGCAGCAUGACCAUUGCUCAGCGUCCCCAAUUCUCGCUCACGGUUUUAGUAUGGUGCUGUAUUGGGGGAUGGAUAUUACGAUCGGCAUCGGAGGUGCAAGGUUUGCGAAAAAACUCCCCCAGCGAUAUGCAUCGUAUGCGAGAAAGAGUGCGUCAAAUGUUUCACCAUGCAUACGACGGCUACCUACAGUACGGAGCUCCAUACGACGAAUUACGGCCGCUGUCGUGUGAUGGAAUCGACACCUGGGGUAGUUAUUCCCUCACUUUGAUUGACGCACUCGAUACGUUAGCAGUUAUGGGGAACUACACCGAGUUUGGGCGCGUCGUACAGCUGCUGCAAGAUAGAUCGUUUGAUGCAGAUAUUAAUGUGUCGGUGUUUGAGACGAAUAUUCGCAUAAUUGGUGGUCUCCUGUCGGCUCACUUGCUGUCCCAUCACGCCGAUCUGGAAUCGAUGGGGCUGGUUAAGCCAGGGUGGCCCUGCGAAGGUCCUCUAUUAGAAAUGGCUGAGGAUGUCGCUCAGCGCUUGUUGCCGGCAUUCGAUACCGCCACGGGCAUGCCGUACGGUACAGUAAAUCUGCGUUACGGUGUACCGUACGGCGAAACAUCUGUUACCUGCACCGCCGGUAUUGGAACGUUCGUGCUGGAAUUUGGCACACUGAGCAGGCUGACGGGAAAUCCUGUAUACGAGGAUGUCGCUAUGAAUGCUUUGUCUGCGUUGUACAAACACCGGUCCCCAAUAGGGUUGUACGGGAACCAUAUCGACGUACAAACCGGCCGCUGGAUAGCCCAGGACGCGGGUAUUGGCGCUGGGGUCGAUUCCUAUUUCGAGUACCUGGUAAAGGGUUCAAUUUUGCUCGAGCAACCUGCCCUGAUGGCCAAAUUCCUGGAAAGUAAAACAUCGAUCGAUCGCUAUCUAAAGCGUGAGGAUUGGUAUGUUUGGGUGAGCAUGAGCAAAGGGCAAAUCACGUUACCCGUAUUUCAAUCCCUUGAGGCGUACUGGCCAGGCCUAUUGAGUUUGUAUGGGAAUACGAAGGAAGCGUUGCGAGUGCUACACAACUACCAGUCCGUAUGGCGUCAGUACGGAUUUCUGCCAGAGUUUUACAAUAUCCCCACCGGAGAAGCUGGUACAAACCGGGAAAACUAUCCGCUGCGGCCAGAGCUAAUCGAAUCGGUGAUGUACCUGUACCGAGCUACCGGGGAUCCGUUCUUGCUGGAAGUAGGCGAGAACAUUCUCGAGAGCAUCGAGCAUAGCGCCAAAACAGUUUGCGGUUACGCGACGAUACGGAACGUUCUGACACAUCAGCAGGAGGACCGUAUGGAAUCGUUCUUUUUGGCCGAAACUACCAAAUAUCUGUACCUACUGUUCGAUCCAAACAAUGUUUUGCACAAUGAUGGGAGCAUCGGUAGCGUGGUCAAUGUGAUGAAGCGUGAGGAUGAUGCCACAACUGAAAUGCACGAAUGUGUGGUAGGUGCCGGGGGCUACAUUUUUAACACGGAAGCCCACCCAAUCGAUCCGAUGGCCCUGCGGUGUUGUGAAGCAAUUCAUGGAAACAUUUUUAAUGACCGAGCCUUCAGAAAUCGCAACAAAGAUAACUUUCAUCGAGGCGAUCUAUUUCUUUCAAAAGGACAACGAAAAGGGACCCACCAAGCGCAUAAAAAAAGAGGUCAAGAGAUAUGGGAUGGUCCCGUCGGUAAAGAACCAACAUUUUCCACUAACGCCGAGACGGUAGCAAAAGCGGAAGAUAGCAUGAAAACCAUAAGUCUUCCUACCGGUGCUAUGAAUCGAGAUGUGGAGAAAGUGGAAAGCGUGACCAGUGGCAUAAAAACGGUUUCAACUGUGCCAGUGUUAAAGCAAGCGCUGAGCUCUGAUUCGAAUCUACACGGCAAAGAAUACGCUCAAACAUUUAAUGACACUAGCCAAACAACAUCAUACCCAUCGGUUGAAUCGGUCGAAACGGAAACAUUAUCAACCGCCGGGGAAGCCAAAUGCAGCAGUAGCGCGGAACAAACGAAGUAUGUACUAUUUGGAACCGAGCGUAUGGAUGAGUCCUCUCCACCAAACGAACAAUCCUGUGAUGCUAUGGUACAGCCGAAAACCGUACCCAGUCGCGAAAACACUAAAGAUGAUGAAGAUAAAACGGUCGCAACGUUACUGGAAAUAGUGCAGCGCAUGUUCCAUACAACGGCGGGUCAACACGAUCAGAAAAAAUCUAAGUUUGAUCGUGAAAAAUUCUACCAACACUUGGCCAGUAGGCGUUUGUUAGACGAAGAAGGUAGCAGCAGCAGUAGAUACAACAACACAUCGGCACCGUCUUCGGCCAGGAGGGAAAAGCUUCACGAACUAUUAUUGUGUCGCGCGCAGCCAUACCUUAGUCGGCUCACACUGUUAGGUGAAUUCUAUUAGACUGCUUGGGAAAACAGUUCUGAGUAUGCAAUAAAAUCGUUAGGUACCAUGAACAUUUAAAA